GUCCGGAGCGGUGGGAGCGCGCAGGCGCCCUGGCCCAUGCCGGCCUCUCCGGGUUUCAGUGGUUAGCCCUGGAUCCGGAGCCGCCAUGAGGCGGGGCUGGGCCUCGGCGGCGACCAAUGGCGCCCGGGGUGAGGGUUGAGGGGUGGGAGGUACUGGCCCGCCUGCCGUGCGCGGCUCGCCCCGCGCGUGUGCCCCGCCACCUGGUCGUCAUGGAGGAGGUCCUGGCAGAAGAGCUGGACGAGGAAGAGCAGCUGCUGAGAAGGCAUCGCAAGGAGAAGAAGGAGCUGCAAGCCAAAAUUCAGGGAAUGAAGAACGCUGUUCCCAAAAAUGACAAAAAGAGGAGGAAACAACUCACUGAAGAUGUAGCAAAGUUGGAGCGAGAAAUGGAGCAGAAGCACAGGGAGGAACUGGAGCAGUUGAAGCUGACUUUGAAGGAGAGUAAGAUAGAUUCGGUUGCUGUUAACAUUUCAGACUUGGUACUUGAGAAUCAACCACCUCGGAUUUCAAAAGCACAAAAGAGACGGGAGAAAAAGGCUGCUUUGGAAAAGGAGCGGGAAGAAAGGAUAGCUGAGGCUGAAAUUGAGAACUUAUCUGGAGCUAGACAUGUAGAGAGUGAAAAACUUGCUCAGAUAUUGGCAGCCAGAGAAUUGGAAAUUAAGCAAAUUCCUUCUGAUGGCCAUUGUAUGUAUGGAGCGCUUGAGGACCAGCUGAGAGAGCAGGACUGUGCUCUGACUGUGGCUGCCCUGCGGAAGCAGACUGCUGAGUACAUGCAGAGCCAUUCCGAAGACUUCCUGCCCUUUUUAACCAACCCCAACACAGGAAAUAUGUAUACUCCAGAAGAAUUUGGAAAAUACUGUGAUGAUAUUGUGAACACAGCGGCAUGGGGAGGUCAGCUUGAGCUAAGAGCUUUGUCUCACAUAUUACAAACACCAAUUGAGAUACUACAAGCAGAUGCUCCUCCUAUUGUAGUUGGUGAAGAGUAUCCAAAGAAUCCUUUAAUACUAGUAUACAUGAGGCAUGCAUAUGGCUUAGGAGAACAUUAUAAUUCUGUCACACGGUUGGUGAACUCAGCUACUGAAAAUUGCAGCUAGUUUACAAAAUGUUACACUGUUUUGUAGUGUGCCAAUCUGCAUAUUCCUACCAAGAGCUAGAUUGUUGUAAAUGCUACUGAAAAACACAGCUACCUUUAGUCAGAUUUAUGAAUAAGCUUACUAACAGGCUUUUUAGAAAUACAUUGGUUUAACUUUAACCAGUGCCCUCUUAAUGGCAUUCCUAGAACUUAAAUUCUGUUGUGGAGAACAUUAUUCUAAGAUGUUACACUUCUCACUAAUGAGUUUUAGUUAUCCUGGACAUUCUGAUUUUGAAUAAAUUUUGUUUUAAAUUUUGGCCCCACAACUUUAUAUUCCUAAAUUAAGUAUUUUGAUUUUUUUUUUUUAAAUACAGAGAGCCUGUCUCUAUCAUGGUAGGAACAUAUUGCAGUGGCAGCACAUUUAUUGUAAAAUGAGCACGGUCAGAGUAACUUUGGUCUUUAUUCCUAGGAUCAGCGAGGUGAAGCUUGUUAUGUAGCACAUCUCUGCAGCCAAGGAGAAACCACUUUUAGGAAGCUUUGAAUACUUACCUGAGGAUCAGUUACAUUCAAAGAAAUGAGACAGAAUCAGUAUAAACAUGUGUUCAUUGUGUCUGUUUUCAACCUAUUUAACAAACUGAAGAUUGUCCUUUUCUGUGUGUAUAGCUUUUUUUUUUUUUUCUUCAAGACAGGAUUUCUCUGUGUUGUUUUGAAGGCUGUCCUGGAACUCACUCUGUAGACCAGGCUGGCCUCGAACUCACAGAGAUCCACCUGCCUCUGUCUCCCGAGUGUUGGGACUAAAGGCGUGCGCCACCAACUCCUGGCUGUGUAUACCUUUUAAAAGACCGACUUCUGCAUUGCUGUUUUUUCAAGCUUGAGGCUGGAGUUACUUUGUGUCUUUAUUCUCUUCACAACUAAGAAUUUUUACAUUUUCCUGCAUUUUCUCCAACACUUCUCAGUGGCUUUGCUUUCCCUAGAGCCUUUUUCCACUGAGGGAUAUCCAGUGGCCUGUGGUUGCACACCUGUGCAAGGCGGUGCGUUAGUAAUGCAGAAGGGGCCAUGGUCACAUUCUUCUGAGUCUCCCCCUUUUUGUCCUAACAGGGUCUCUGUUUAUGCUCACUUUCUAGGAUUCAAAGAAAGCCCUGGCUACGGAUUGUGUAGUUACAUACUGUAUCGCUUUUUUUUUACUCAGAUGUUUAAAUACACACACACACACACACACACACACACACACAAUUGAAGGUCACUAUUCAGGAGCCGAGAGCUGAAAAUCAGUACAGAACAGUUUUCUGGAGAAUGAUUUCUGUAACUUAAAUUUCCAAUCACUUCUGACAAUUCUUUGUAAGAGAGUUGUACCCACAUGGGGAAGGGUGUCUGCUAUGCUUGUGUAGCACAGUACCAUGGAUGGGGACACAGCUCUAGCAGAGCUCUAGCUUAUCAUUUAUCAUGCAGGAGGCUUGAGGGUUACUCUAGCACCAACAAAAAAAAAACCAAAUUCAUGAAAAUGAAACUUUUUGGUUUGAUCGUUUUUUUUCCACAUUAGAAAUAUAAUAAGAUUGAGCAUCACGUUUAUAAUAUUUGGACUUUUGGUCCAUGUAUACUUUCUAUGAGUAAAUAAUGGACUUAUGAUGUUAUAAGUAGGUAACACUGACAAGAUGGUAGAGACUGUGGUCAUGAGAGCAAGUCAGGACUUUUGAGAUCAUUCCAGCAGACUAAAACUUCCUCUGCCUCCUACACGGUGUGUUCUAAAGGGUGCCUGCUUUGUAACAUCUGAUCUUUCUUUUUUUCUCUGAAAUUUACAAAAGAAUGAAGUUGUAAAUUGAAUGCUUUGAGGUUUUUUUGAAUAAUAUCUUCAUGUUAAAAUAACGCAUUGAGGAUUAACAAAACAAAAUAUGAAACUUAGUCACUGCAAAAAAUAACUCAUUGAUGUUUUGUUGUUUUGACAAGAAUUUAAAUUACUUAAUUAUGUAUUUCUGUUUUUUGUGUUUAUGUUUUAUUUAAAAUGGCCAGUAUAUUUAUAAAUAGAGUGAAUGGCCAACUUCUACCAUUUUAGCUUUAAAUGAAAAAAAGAGUCUUUUAAGAAUGCAGAUGUUAAUUUAAAAACAACAUAAUGCGAAUUAAAUUUGCUGCUGCUAGUGGUAUCCCAUGAGCUUUCUCUUUAGUCUUGAUUGGAAAUGUGUAUGUCAAAAUUCUGAAAUUUGUCUUCAGCCAAGAAUUUUAUUCACUUACAUAUGUUUACAGCCUGUAAAAAGUAAAACAAAGAAUGUGUAACUAUUAUGAGCAAGAUAGCUUUGCUCAUUAUCUGAUGUUUGCCAAAAGAAUAAAUGAUAAAGGAGUUGAAUCAA